CAAAAAAUGGCGAAUUUUCAAAGAAAAGACAACCACGACGUUCAAUUCGUCGAAUUCUGUGCAGAAAUAGCAAAAAACAGCGUCAAACCAGUUACCAGAAAUAAAUUAUCAGUGUUUUUUAACAAAAAGCACAAGCUCACCAGUUACCCGAGUCACUUUGCGAGAACUUUCGAUCGAUUUUUCGUGGAAACACUUCUACAGCAACCAUAUUCUUUGGAGAUAAAAGCCAAGACUCUUUUCCUGACAAGUGCUCCAAUUUUGGACCCCGUGUUUCUCGAAGCUCUCAAUCAAAUUGCUCAUGUCGAAUUGGAUGAACAUUUUAGAAUUGCUAGCUUUUGCUCGAAAAAAAGUGAUGAAAAUGGUGAACAAUUCAAGUUCGAGGGAAGGCAUCGAGUGGUGGAGAAGCCUGGAUCGAGAACUGAAAGAAAACGGAAAAGAAGAACAGAGGGAACAUCAAAUGGUGUAGAGGAAGAGGAAGAAAUCGAUGUUGAGGGGGAUGAUGACGAUGAUAUGGAGGUCACUUUUUCUUCCCUCGAGCCAGCUCCCGUCCAGAAUUACCAGUCGGAACUGAACAAAAUUGUUGCGAUGCAAAACAACUCCACAUCACAACCAAUGGAAACUUCCGAUAUUUCAUCUCCACAAUAUGACAGUUUAUAUCAUUUCUAUCGAGCAAAUUCCACGCAAAACGAUUUGCUAACAGCUGCCGCCGCCGAAGUUCUGAAUCCACCUUCACCAAAAGAGUCGAAACUUGGAAUUGUCUUCUCGAGACCCAAUUAUGGUGACGUCACCACAAGUCGCCACGACGUGGAAUCUCCGAAAAAUGUAGUGAAUAAUUUCGUGGUGACACCAAUUGAAACACCCUCUACCCCUGUGCAGUACCCACCACAAGCACCGUUUAGUGAUGAAAAUUACUAUGCAAAGUUUUUGAAAGAAAUGUAUUGUUUCUUGUCGGAUAUUGACAAAAAUCGAUUUUCCAAACUGAAGGAUUUGUCGAGACAGGCUGCAAGGCUGAAUAAGGGAAUGAAACUGCAACCAUCCACAAUCAAAAGUUACAUGGAAUUCUGUCUGGAUAGCCUAAUAGUCGAUAAACGUGUCUCACAUCCAACCGAUAAAUUGCUGAAUUCGAAAAAGUUGCUCGAAGAGCUCCAAGAAACAAUUGAGGAUAUGGGACCCGUCAUGAAAUAUGCACUUCAUCCGAUUUUGGCUGAAAUUUCACCGACUAUCGGCAAUUUGGAUGUGGUUUCGAAGGAUUCUUUGGAAAAAUCAUUUGAGAAUAUGAUUGAACAAUUACAGAAACGAUGCGAUAUGAAUUAUUGAUUUUUUGGCGGUUUUUUGUUCGAAAAAUAUCGAUUUUCCGAAGACAUUUUAUCGAUUUGGCUUUAAAAAUGUAUUAUUCCCAAAUAUUAUUCCACUGUAUUGAAUUUAUUAUUGAUUUUUCAAAAACUAUGGUUUGAUUUUUUUUUCUUAUUUUAUCGAUUUUCCGUGAAUUAUUAUCUCUUUCGGAAUUUUUAUCGAUUUUUCUGAAAUUUUGUGGCUUUUUCCAAAUUUUAUCGAUUUUCUGAAACAUAUAUAUCGAUCUCCAAAGAUCAUCUGUUUUUUUUCUGUAAAUUUAUUGAUUUUCCUCCCCUCCCACGUUAUGUCCCCAUUUAUUCGCAUUUAUCAGCGAUUUGUUUUUUUGAAUAAUUCACCCAAUUCCAUAUUAUUUCAUCCAAUAAAACAUAUUUCCGCCCAA